AUGUGUAUUUUCAGAGUCACUUCCGACAGCAUGAAGCCCGCUGACGUCAGAACGCACACCGUUGAAUCGCUUAAGGUGGCUCCACUUGGUGAUGGCCAUCACGGAAGAGAUUUUUACAAAUACUUUUUCACUUCUCACCCUGAACAUCGUCACUUCUACAAAGGUGCGGAAAAUUACACUGGUGAAGACGUGGAAAAGAGCGAGAGAUUUGACAAGUUGGGAGACGCUAUACUCUUGUUCGUGCACGUCUUGGCUAAUCUCUGUGAAAAUGAAUCGGUAUAUCGAUCAUUCGUGCGCAGAGUUAUGUAUGAGCAUUUUGACAGAUCAAUUGACCCUGCACUUUGGAAGCCAUUUUGGGAUUACUGGGUGGGAUUCCUAGAAAGCAAAGGAUCAGCGUUGACCGCAGAGCAGAAGGAGGCAUGGAAAAAUUUUGGUACCGUAUUCAACGCUGAAUGCCAAGCCUACCUGACUAGAAUGGAGCGCCCACAUGCGUGAACCACCUUAACUUAGCCAUUUCUUAGUUAGUCUACCUAAUAAAUAUUAUAAGCAGA